AUGUCCACGUCCUUUGGCGAGUCGACUGUUCGCCCGGAGCCGGAUCAGGUGGUGCAAGACAUUGCGGACUAUGUCCACAGCUAUAAGAUUGACUCUGAACUCGCAUUUGAGACCGCGAGACUUUGCUUGAUCGACACUAUUGGGUGUGGUUUGGAGGGUCUGAGGUUCCCUGAGUGCAGUCGCUUGCUUGGCCCAGUGGUGGAAGGCACUGUUGUUCCGAAUGGUACAAGGGUGCCUGGCACCAACUAUCAGCUCGAUCCUAUCCGUGGAGCAUUCAAUAUUGGAACGAUCAUCCGCUGGCUCGAUUUCAACGACUGUUUCCUCGCGGCAGAAUGGGGUCACCCGUCAGACAAUCUUGGUGCUAUCCUGGCCGUGGCCGAUCAUUUGGCCCGAACGGGUCAAAAAGUAACAGUCAGAGAUGUGUUGGAGGGCAUGAUCAAGGCCCACGAAAUCCAGGGCGGUCUCGCCCUCCUCAACUCCUUCAACCGUGUCGGUCUCGACCAUGUUGUCCUGGUCAAGGUCGCUAGCACAGCCGUCGUAUCCAAACUUCUUGGUCUGUCACGCGAACAGACCAUUGACGCUAUCUCCCAAGCAUGGGCUGACGGCCAGUCGCUUCGCACCUACCGUCACGCACCUAACACUGGGUCACGCAAAUCCUGGGCUGCAGGAGAUGCCUGCUCUCGUGCUGUCAACCUCGCCUACCUUGUUAAGAAAGGUGAAAUUGGCAUGCCAUCCGUUCUCACCGCCAAGACCUGGGGCUUCUAUGAUGUCCUGUUCAAGGGCAAACCGUUCGAGUUCCAGCGACCAUACGGCUCGUACGUGAUGGAAAAUGUUCUGUUCAAGAUUUCGUACCCUGCCGAAUUCCAUGCCCAGACGGCGGUUGAGGCUGCAUACAUCGUGCACGACAAACUGAAAGCGCUUGGCAAGACCGCUGAAGAUAUCAAGUCCGUCCGUAUCCGCACCCAGGAAGCCGCCAUCCGCAUCAUCGACAAGCAAGGCCCCCUCGACAACUUCGCUGACCGCGACCACGCGAUCAGCUACAUGGUCGCGUACCCGCUCAUCCACGGCGAACUUACUUCUCAAAGCUACACCGACGCCUCUGCAUCCGACCCCCGCAUCGAUGUUCUCCGCGCCAAGACCUUCUGCGUCGAAGACAAGCGUUUCAGCGUUGAUUAUCACGACCCCGAAAAGCGUUCCAUCGGCAAUGCGCUCCUCGUCGAACUCAACGACGGUACCGUUCUUGACGAAGUUGAGGUGGAAUACCCUGUCGGCCACAAGCGUCGUCGUGAAGAGGGCACCCCUCUCCUGCUCGCGAAGUUCCGUCGUCAUAUCGGCUACCACUUCGACGAGACCCACCAGAAGAAGAUCAUCGAUACCAUGUCCGACGCAAAGGCCUUGGGAGAGCUUUCGGCGGACAAAUUUACUGACCUAUUCGUCAAAGCGACUUGA